AUGGCGGCCUCCGCAUCUAGAGUUCAGGGACAACAGCCACCAGGUACUGCACACACCAUUCUACUUGAUCCCGCCAUGCAACUUAGCUCUCAAGCUUCUGCAGGUUUUAUCUUCAUCGAUAGCGGGAUCGUUCCAAACUCCUCCUACGUCGACCCAAAACUAAAUCUACAAUACGUCUCCGACGACCAAUUCAUAGACACGGGCAUAAACUACGCCGUCUCGUCGGCCUACAUAUCUUCUAACAUUUCUCGGAGAUUCUUGACAUUGAGGAGCUUCCCUGAGGGAUCUCGCAACUGCUACACCUUCAAGUCAAUCAGCCAGGGCUCAAAAUACAUCAUAAGAGCGACCUUCUUGUAUGGAAACUACGACUCCAAGAAUAGUCCUUUUGUUCAGUUCGAUCUCUACCUCGGAGUCAACCUCUGGAAGAACAUAAACCUGACAACUCCUACUGAAAGCAUCUUCACUGAAACAGUCAGUGAAGCCACAGCUGAUGUGAUCUCAGUUUGCCUGAUCAACACUGGCCAUGGAAUUCCUUUCAUCUCUGGUUUAGAUCUGAGGCCUCUUCCAAACUCUCUUUAUCCUCAAGUCAACUCCUCCACCACUUUGGUCAACUUGGAUAGAUUCUAUGUGGGGAAUUCUAAUUCGAUCAGGUACCCUGCUGACCGAUAUGAUCGCUUAUGGUUCUUCAUUGACACCCCACCUUCAUGGAGUGUGACAUCGACCGACUCGAGCGUCCAAAACCAGGUGCAUGAUCAGUUUCAGCCACCACAGGAAGUAAUGCAGAUUGCAGCAUACCCUAGCAGCUCCACCACACUUCAACUCAGCUUGGCACCCGAUCCAGGAGACCUAACUGAGUUCUAUACGGUCCUCUACUUCUGCGAGCUCCAGCUGAACGCCUCGAGGCAGUUCUUGAUCUACCUCAAUGGAGCCCUGCUGAACGACGGCAGGCCUUUGGCUCCAACCUACCUCCUCUCUGACGUCGUUUUCAAUGCUGAUCCAAGUUUAGGGUUUGGUGAGUGCAAUAUAACUCUUGUUGAAACAGGAAGCUCCAUGCUUCCACCUAUCAUAAAUGCCAUUGAAGUCUUCACAGCAAUGAGAAAUGCAAAUGUGGCAACCAAUGGCCAAGAUGUGGAUGCAAUGUUGGCAAUCAAAGGGUGGUACCAGGUGAGAAGAAACUGGAUGGGUGAUCCAUGCUCUCCACAAGCAUAUACUUGGGUUGGACUGAAUUGUACACGGAAUAACUCUGGUGUUCCGAUGAUCACUGCAGUCAAUAUGUCAUACAGUGGAUUGGCAGGUGUAAUAACCGCAUCCUUUGCCAACCUAAGUGCACUGCAAUACUUCCAGUUCACCUCCCCUCCCUCCGGCCUACUUGUGCCAACAGAGAUUCUUUAUGAAGAUGUUACAGAUAAAGUUUGCAAGAUGAUUAUUGAUAGUGGAAGCUGUGAAAAUAUUGUAUUUGAAGAAGUUGUGCACAAGCUUCAAUUGAAGACGGAUAGUCAUCCAAAACCCUACAAGUUGUCAUGGCUGAGCAAAGGGAGAUGA